GUCCGAAACCUGUAGUGACGUUUGUUUGUGCAAGACAAAAACAGUGUGAACACACGUAAUGUAUGUUGUAUUUUUGGAAGAGAACUGGCGGAACUUGAAGAUUGGUCGAUGCAACAAACGCCUUCGGAUUGAAAGAACGCGAGUCACCAUUGUUUAUUCGCUGAACGGAGAGAAAAAAGAGUUCGACACCAGCGGAUGGACGGAGCGAGUCGGGAACAAAACAAACGGUGCACUCUGCCUGACCACGCUCGACUGGCUGAAUCAUUCCCACACUACCCGACUACUUCACACUCGCCGCGGGGCCGUUUUAUUGUGUACGGUUGGCGUAUCACAACAAGAACAUUAACGGAAUACUCCUCGGGGAGAUUUUGAGUGUUACGUCACAAGCUAUCGUCUUCAUUUUGCACGGUGACACAUAGUAGCUUCCUCUUCAGUGAGUUGAACGACUGAGUGGAGAAUGUGAAGCACAACCAUGGCCAACUUGGAAGCCUACCGGGAGUAUCAGAGAAUUGAGGACCUGGAGGAGGACUCUCCACCCGGGGAGGAGGACUUGCUGCUCCAUGUGCCUGAAGGCCUGAAAGAUUCAUGGCACCACAUCAAGAACUUGGAUAACUUCUUCACUCGAAUAUAUCAUUUUCAUCAAAAGAAUGGCUUCGCCUGCAUGAUGCUGUCAGAGUUCUUUGAACUUGUUCAGUUUUUGUUCGUCGUCACGUUCACAACAUUCUUGGUCAACUGUGUGGAUUAUGAUGUCCUGUUCGCCAACCGUGCUGUCAAUCACACGGGGCCGGGCCACAACCCGUUGGACAGAAGCAAGGUCACCAUCCCCGAUGCCCUUUUGCCCAGCCAGCAGUGCACUCAGAUCAUCCAAGAGAACAGUUGGAUCAUAUUUCUUCUCACCAUGGCAGCCAUCUUCUGGCUCUAUCGACUCAUCAAGGUCAUUUGCAAUGUCCUGAGCUACUGGGAAAUCCGGCAGUUCUACAUUAAAGCGCUGAAGAUCAGAAUGGAUGAACUAUGCAACUUCACAUGGCAGGAAGUCCAGGACCGUCUCAUCAGCCUGCAGCGAGAGCAGCAAAUGUGCAUCCACAAGAAAGAGCUGACAGAACUGGACAUCUAUCACCGCAUCCUGCGCUUCAAGAACUACAUGGUGGCCAUGAUCAACAAAUCCCUGCUCCCCGUGCGAAUACAGCUCCCCCUAGUGGGUGAUGUUGUGUUCCUCACGCAGGGCUUAAAGUACAACUUUGAGCUCAUCCUCUUCUGGGGCCCAGGCUCGCUGUUCCAGAACAAGUGGAACCUGCACCCCAAGUACAAGCGCAGCAGCAAUCGGCUGGAGCUGGCGCAGCAGCUCAGCAGGGUCAUCCUGAUCAUGGGCGUGGCCAAUCUGCUGCUUUGUCCUUUCAUACUGGUGUGGCAGGUGCUCUACGCAUUCUUCAGUUACACAGAGAUCGUCCGCCGCGAGCCCGGAAGUCUGGGCGCACGUCGCUGGUCUCUCUACGGAAGACUGUACCUGCGCCACUUCAAUGAGCUGAACCACGAACUGCACGGACGCUUGGGCCGAGGCUACAAGCCCACGUCCAAAUACAUGAACUCCUUCACGUCGCCGCUGCUCACAGUUCUUGCUAAAAAUGUUGCCUUCUUCUCGGGCUCUGUGUUGGCCGUGCUCAUUGUGCUGACUGUCUACGACGAAGACGUCCUGACGGUGCAACACAUUCUGACUGGCAUCACCGUGCUGGGAGUGGUUAUCACCAUCACCAGGUCCUUCAUCCCAGACGAGCAUAUGGUUUGGUGCCCAGAACAGCUUUUGCAGUGCAUGCUGGCCCACAUCCACUAUAUGCCCGACCACUGGAGGGGAAGUGCUAACAAGAGUGAAACCCGUGAUGAGGUGGCACAGCUGUUCCAGUACAAAGCGGUGUUCAUCCUGGAGGAGCUGCUCAGUCCUAUCAUUACGCCCUUUAUUCUCAUCUUCCUGCUGAGGAACAAGUCUCUGGAGAUCAUCGACUUCUUCAGGAACUUUACGGUGGAGGUGAUUGGUGUGGGAGACAUCUGCUCCUUUGCACAAAUGGACAUCAGACGCCACGGGAAUCCAACUUGGCUGUCCGAGGGCCAGACGGAGGCGUCGGUGUACCAGCAGGCCGAGAAUGGCAAGACGGAGUUGUCGCUCAUGCACUUCACCAUUAAGAACCCACACUGGCAGCCACCGCUGGAUAGCUCGGUGUUCAUCAGCCACCUGAAGGAGAAGGUGCAACAUGAUGCGCAAGGCGGUCCUUCCACGCAGCUCCUGCUUUCUGAGGCUCCUCUGUGUACCUCUCUGCAGUCCAACGAGUCUGCUACCAGGCCUGAAAAUCUGCUGGCCAGCGUCCUGGCGCACCCCGUUCUCACCGCGUCAGGACUACAAGGCAGAGAUCACCGCUUUAUCCCACCAAGUACAGCAGCAUCAGCCGCCGCCAGUGUCCUGGCCUCUUUGUCCACUUCCCAGCUGCUGCACACUGGGCGGGGACACGCGCAACGCAACCAAGCUUCCUCAAUACAUCAAGAGAGCACCAUCUACCACAGUGAUCGAACCAUUCUCGACAGUAUGUCAUUCAGUGAUAGCCGUUUAAGAAGUAAUGCGCUGCACUCGGAGUUUGCCUCAGCAGAGAUGAGCCUUCACGCUAUCUACCUGCAUGAGCUCCACCAGCAGACGUCGCACCCGCAGAGAAGUUCAGGGCUUUGGCAUAGCACGGUGCCAAUGACUGAGCUGCAUGGCAACACUGGUUACCUCGCCCACGUUGGUUCUACGCCAUCUUUGGUCACACCGGUGCAUCUUGGUGGGUGGCGCGAAGAAGAUGAGGAUGAGGAAGGUGAAGAAGAGAUAAAUAAUGCAUCUACUUUGAAACAGGACACCAGGACUCUUUGAAGUGCCUUAUGACAUAAGUGUUUACAUUUGACUUUUCACCAAUGAACAUUGUGGCCUUUGAAGACCUUCAGCACAGACCUUUAAACCCAUCCUUUUGACACAUGGACAAAACACAUGAAGAAACCACUAUCUUCUUCUGCACAGACAUCAGGGAAGCAUAUAUGUUUUCAUUUUGUCCAGAUGAACCAUUUGCGUGUGUGUGUGUGUGUGUGUGUGUGUGUGUUUGUGUGCGCGCGCGCGCGCGUAUGUGUUUGUGUGUUUGUGUUUGCGCGCGGCCAGGCAAACGAUAUGGUGUACUCACAAGACCACUGAUGGGGGAAAAUGCCAAAGGCUGUAUGUGCACAAUUCGAGUGUUUGUAGUGCACAUUACAAGCAUCUAGCGUAGUGUUUGGCUGCAUUAUUGCCACAUGGGAGGAUCAUAGCGAUUAGAUCCUUGCGAUGUGUAGAAAAUUCAUGCAUAUAAGUAGAAUAGCACUCGAUCAAUGACUUUACUUGGAGUAUUUUGAUGCUGCUGUCUGUGUUGGGUUCACUCGCAGAUGUUGUUCAGUAUUAUCAACUCUUUUGGAAGAUAUUUAUUUAGUAACAGGAGGACGGACAAAAUAGGAUCCAAAUCCAUUAGAGGAAGUGGAGGUUUUCUGUGCUGUACUAAACCUGUGGCAAUGUCCCAGAAAGACCACUUGAGUGGUCAUGUGUGGCCACUCCCUGGUUUUAUUCCGCAAAGUGAGCACUGAUUUCACACUCAAUCCAAGCAUCUACAGGUAUUUUCGAUACUGCUCAUAACAGUCGUGGGGGACCUUGGGGCCUAAUCCCUGCUGACCUUUGGGGCGGUGGCAGGGUGCUUCCUGGGCAUCACAAGGCACAUGUAGACCAAUAAGCAUUCACACUUGCGCUCACACCCAUAGACAAUUUUAAUAAAAUUUUAAUAAAUAAACUCAACACGGACACUUUUGGAGUGUGGAGGAAGCUGAAGCGUCAGUGCCAGAAGAAAAUCUCUGCAAGUACAGGGAGAACACAAAAUUCCACACAACAAGCCCAGGAUUUGAACCCUCAACUACAUAACAGUGAGGCAUAUGUGCUUAACCACUAAUAUAUCGUGUCACCAUCCAACAUUUAUCAUGAUGAAAAUAUAUUUCUUAACACAUGAGGGUUGCUUUUACAUAACCUGUUGAUGCAAAAGCAGUGGAAAUUUUCUGGCAUAUUUUUGUUUUGUUUUUUAAUUAGAGUUUCUGUCUUUAAACUGUCAUGAAGGCAUUUUAUGUAAGAAUGAUUUUUACUUCAUUAAAUAUUUUAGUCAAUUUCAUUCAGCGAACCACAGAAAACAUGCAUACAUCAUAGAAUAGACAUAUUCCCUGUAUGCAUCAUUUAUUCUCCAUCAAUUCUUGUUCAUUUUCAUGGAAAAUUCCCCAGAAUUUAUUAAUUCUUUUUCUAUAUGACCAGUUUUUGCCUCAAUUGGCCUCAUCAAAAGAAGGCACAUAUAAAUGUUGUAAUGGAUAAGCGUUAUUUAUUUUCAGAAAAUAUUUUUCAAUUUCUCUUGUCAAAUUGCUUCCUCGCGUGACUAAUACUUAACAGACAUUGGUGUGCUCAUAUUGCGAGUAGCCGAAAAGAAAGAUCACGUUAGGACAGUUUAACCUGAGAGAUUAUGUAUAUGUAAACACACACACGCGCAUAUCAAAAAGACAUAUGUAGACUACACACCAUUGCAUUAUGACUUUGAUUAGUUUUGAACACAGAAGUUUAGUAGCUCAAAUCACAAACGCUAAACACGUUGGCGUCUUUAUCUGUUUGAGGAAGAGCAAAUGCUUCACGAUGCUAACAUGUCAGUAUUUUGCACUGAUGUAUAUUUACAUAUACAUAUAAUAAGCAGAGUUUUAAGUGUACAUUCAUGUAUGCACAGCACAUGCAACACAGCUCAGAAAGGGACCUGAGCUCAUCUGUUUGUAUAAAACGACUCAUUUUGUAUCGGCCAUGUUGAUGAUACAUUGACUGUUUGCUUACAUUUGUGUGUGUGUGUGUGUGUGUGUACGCAUUUUACAAAUCCACUUUGUAAAAGAGACUGUAGUUGUUUAUAUUGCUGUCACACCUCACUGCUGGUGUGCUCCUUUUUGUUUGAAGCAGUGCCUUAGCAUUAAGGACUCAUACUUGCUCCCUGGUCAUAUAGGAUUUGCAUCAUUAACGGUAAAUAUUCCACAGUAUCGUGCUCUUAGUCACUCUGCGUAACAUCAAGGUGAAAUACUGUAUUUGCUCAUAAAGUGGCCCCAAUUAAGACAGAUAAUUGCUUCUCUUCAAAUGAAAGCCAUGCCACAUGUUGUUGGCCAGUGCGGGAUCCACUUGAGAAAAAUAAAUGCCUCCUUUAAAUUUACACUGUGCCCCAAUUUGUUGACAGUUGCAUAAUCCACCAAAGAAAUACAAACCGCAUCCUUCGAUUGACAGCGUACUCCAAUCAAUGAAGAAAAAAAAAUAAACAUCUCCCUUAAGUAGACACCCCAACUCAAAUAGCAGGUAGUCUAUCAUCCACUUCUGACCC